AUGCAAAUUGCCGAUGAUUUCCUUCAGCAUGCUGAAUUAUGGAAUCAGUUCAGGCAACACAUGAUGGAAAGUUUUUGCCAUAAAAUCCAUCCUAAUAAUGAACAUUUGCCACAUCUUAAUUGUGAAACUUUUGCGCUUCUUGAAGUGCAGAGUGUUUUGCAAGAACACUCUUUAAAAUGUUCAAGCUUUGGCUUAAAAGAUCCUCCUGCUGAUCUUGCUAUGCAAGAAAAUCAAUAUGAUCUGGAGGAAAAGCUGGCACUUGCAGAAGGAGAUAAAGAGACUCUUAAUGCUCAACAGAGGUCAGCGUAUGAUUUUAUUUUAACUGCUUUAGAUGCUCCAAUCAAUAGCGGCAAACUGUUUUUUCUUGAUGGUCCUGGAGGAUCUGGAAAAACAUAUCUUUAUACAACUCUGUUGAGGUAUUGCAGAAGAAAACAAAUUUCUGUCCUCUCUGCUGCUACGACAGGCGUAGCCGCAAAUUUAUUACUUGAUGGAAAGACAAUACACAGUCUUUUUGGAUUACCAAUUCCAUUAAAUGAAACUUCAGUAUCUAAUAUUAAAUUAAAUACUGACAAAGCAAAGCUUUUAAGAGAAGCAAAGCUCAUAAUAAUUGACGAAUGUACCAUGACUUCAAACCAUGUUUUGGAUACAACUGACAGGUUGUUAAAAGAAAUCAUGAAAAAUUAUUAUCCAUUUGGAGGAAAAGUUUUGCUUUUUGGAGGUGACUUUAGACAAUGUCUAUCAGUAUUGCCUCAUGCUCUACAAGCCGCAAUAAUACAAAAUAGCAUGCAAUUUGCAAAAUCAAGGGAUUUAUUUAAGAAACUCCCACUGACAAUGAACAUGAGGUCAAAUGACCCCGAGUAUAGUGAGUGGCUUUUAAAAUUUGGAAAUGGAACUCUUUCUGAUAAUAAUGGAUUGAGUGAAGACGUUGUCGAGAUUCCUUUGUCAAUGAUAUGCAAAGAUAGUUUAGUGAACUGGGGUAAUAAAAUCCAGCCUGGAAACACCAGUGAAAUUAGUGAAAGGGCAAUAUUGUGUCCUAAAAAUUCUGAUGUAGACAAACUAAAUGAUGAUGUCUUAAAUAUCAUAGAAGGGAACGACACGACAUAUUUAAGUGUUGUCUCUGUUGUAGCUGACAAUAAAGCGAGUGCCAACAACUUUCCAACGGAAUUUUUAAAUAGUCUGUCGCCUUCUGGCAUGCCACCUCACAAAUUGAGGUUAGAGAUUGGAUCAAUUAUUAUGCUGUUAAGAAAUCUUAACACCAGAAGGGGUCUUUGCAAUGGUACAAGACUAGAGGUUCUCCAAUUGAGAAAUAAUGUAAUAAUAGCUAAGUCUUUGACUGGCUCCUCUAAAGGUGAAAUACGUGUCAUUCCAAGAAUUGAUUUGGCUCCAUCUCAAACAGGGUUGCCGUUUCAAUUGAGACGUAGACAGUUUCCU